AUGCCGGCAGCCGGCUUAAGCAUCUCCUCGCAUCACUCCCCCAUAUUCGCGAGCAGCCAGUGGACCCCGCGGAGCCCGACGUCGCUCAAGAGUCCGACAAAGCGCCGCGGACCGACCCUAUCGAGCGAAGGCGGCCUCGCGAUCUCGUGCAACAUCGACCAUGCCGGUGCUUCGUAUCGACCUAUGACCGGGGACAUCAGUCAGGACUUGGUCCCGGGUGUCAGCUGGGACAAGGUGAGUCUCCCUUUGAGUGGGCGCGGGGUCCGUGCGAAUUGAGAUGGCGGGGGAGGCGUCGGCUGCCCAGGCUGCGUCAUUCCUGGCACACCGGCUAAAUCCGAACCGCAUGGGCCCGGUGUGAUCGCGCUCUGGCCUCGACUUAUUGGAGUAGGAACUGAUCGUAUAAACCGCUUUUGGCUAUUUUGCUGUUUCCCCCUUUCCCCGUCAUUUUCCGGAUGCAGGACGAGGCAUUGCCCUUCCGACGGCGCAAGACGCCCGAAGACUUUGUGCCCGCCUUCGACAGCGCCAUGAGCCUCUCGAGUCGCAUCGACAGCGUGCUCGACGUCUACGCCGAUAUGUACGGCGAGUUCGACGACGAAGAAGGCGAAGAGGACGACCUGUCGCACCAUGUGGACAUCUACGAGCACUACACGGCGCGCACACCGACGAUUGACCUCGACGCCGAGACUGCGAUGCGCACCCCCGAGAUCGCACGGGAUCGGCCCAUACAGCGCACGAGCCAAGUCAUCUCCUCGCCCGUUUCCUCGGUGCGGCCACCCGUCACCACCACCCUCAUAUCGCUCGAAGACUAUCAGCCUCUCGACAACGCGCAGACGCGACCGUGGGAUGAGCGCGGCAAGACAGGUCUCUACGGAGGGGGAGGCAGAGGCGCCGACAACCAUGAGACAGGAUGGGUCGGCGCUCCUGUUGCCGGGGCCGGAGUCGUGGCUCCUCACGGCGCCAUCGAAGAGGAUCUUCGCUACGACGACGAAGAAGACGACGAGGAGGACUACAGCGAUCACACGCAUUACGACGAUGACGACGAGGAGGAGGAGGACUAUGACCAUUACAUCAAUCACACCAGUUCAGCGACGCCGCGAGAUGGUCCGCGUUCAUCGCUCCCCACCCCGAACGGCCGUCACGCUUCGCUUUCCUCGAUCGGCAAGAACUCGCUGCGACAGGCAUCGGUCAGCUCGAACCGAAGGGCGUCCAACAAGUCGAGCAGGUCGGUCAGACAAGCGAGCGAGGUCCCGAUCGAGUCCGGUGGCUACCUCGACUACCAUCAGUCCGGCUCCAUCAGCGAGUCCAUCAGCGCCGCCCGUCGCCGACAAAUGUCCCAGCAAGACAAGUUGACCCCCGCGGCCGAAGCGAUCCGACAACCAUCACCACUGUCUAAUCUUGUCGUACGGCCCAAAUCGCCCAGCUCGGAUGCAACCUCACUCAAGAAGGUCGACGUGCUCGAGGCCACGUCCGUCAAGCUCGUCCGUCCCGUCUCCGAGGAGAAGCGCAAGGCCCCGAUCGCCAAGAUCCCGGAGAUUCUCAUACCGCACAGAAUCUCGCGACCUCUAGACACCGAUAUCAAGUCGAAUGGUACGGCCAAGGGCGGCAAAUCGUCGUUCCGAUGGGGCAUCCGAUCCAAGAAGGCCCCGGUCAUCUCCAACCCCAUCCUCCCCGACGGCUUUGUCGAAUCGCUCGGCAUGGAGACGUUCGAGUUGACCCCUGGGUGUGCUGCUUCUGACCACCGAGGGAACGAUGUCGGGAUCGGCGCGGGAAACAAAUCCUCGAGCCCGGGAAAGCCACUGCUCGCUUCCUUUGUACCUCUGCCGGGAUCGAAGGCGAACAAGGGCCCCGCCCCACAACCUCGCAAGGUCCCCGGGCCAACACGCGGUCCCGUCCGUGUCGGGUCACCAAUCCUGCAGUCCUCGUCCUUUGAAAGGGUUUCGACCGAGGACACGGUCACUCGAAUGCCGAUAUCCUGUCCGCCCGUCUCGCCGACACUGGUUUCCCCAGCCGGUCUCCAGGUUGACCCGGUGCCCGCGGCGCUCAUCAAUGUCGUCAAUGGACGGCCAAGCAUCGGGGCUAUGCGUCAAUCCGACGUGAGUGCCGAGCUUUCGGACGCGUUCCAUCGGCUCUCGCGCAACUCCGAGUUGUCCUACACGCCCUCAAAGUCGUCGUCGAUGGACGAGGCAGAACGAGCUCGUCGCGCAUACUUUGAUGGACUGCGCCGCAACACGCACGAAGAGGUGUCAGCCAACACCAAUACAAGCAUCGCCUUCAACAACACCUUGCAUCCUGUUGUGGACACCUCGCAGACGGCGACCCCCAUCCUGAACGGCCGAGCCGACGAUAAAACUUUCGCAAACCCUUGGGGAGCGGGAACGGCAGCGUCGCACCAACGCACCUUCUCGUCGCCCUCGGGCAAUCAAUACUUUUCGACGCCUCAAGCCUCGAUCGCAAGCUUCGAGUCGGUCCUUGCCCCUGCUUCGACGUGGAAUGUCUCGGAACGAAUGGCGCACCGCAAUUCGGAAGGCUCGAUCUAUUCGACCGACGGAGACGCGAACGGAACCGACGCCAACAACCGAGCCAGUGCGUACAGCGGCUACAGCUAUGGAUCGUACUACGACCAGACCCCGGCGUCCGAGAUCCCCGCGGUCCCGAUCAUGCCCAUCCAUCCGCUCAAAUUCGCCAAGCGAACCGAUUCGCCAGCACAAGCGAUGGACCACGGCACUUCCCGACCUCCAUUUGAUGCUCGAGGGCCGUCAGAAGUAAGCGUCAAAGCCCCCUUCACCAACGAGACCUUUUACAACACCCCCGCCCAGAUGGCUGGUCCGCCGCAGUGGAGGACCGCUCCUCAGAUCGGCACGACCGGCUUCCGCAACCCCUUUGGUUAA